GAAAUAGCGUAGCUCUCAGUCCCUAUCUAACAUUUUCGUCGAUUGGUUCGUGUAAAACUUUGAGAUAUCUUUUACUAUGGGUUUAAGCUGGGUGUUUUCCAUCGCGGUAGUUACUUUGUUCGUCAUCGGAACAAAUGCUGAAACAAGGGUAGCUACUGCUCAUCUAGUGCAAGGGAACAUCAAUGGCACUGUUACGUUUACGGAAAUUGACGACGGCAUUCUUGUGAACGGCUCUAUAAUCGGCCUUCCUGCAGGACUGUACGGAUUUCACGUACACGAGUUGGGAGACAUCAGCACUUGUCUCGCGACCGGUGGACACUUUGACCUGGACGGGAACACGCACGGCGGCCGGGAGCACGACGUCAGACACAUCGGAGAUCUGGGGAACGUGCAGUUUGAGGGGGAGUCGCCUCUGGCCAAUUUUUCUUUUGUGGAUAAAGUGAUCUCUCUUCGCGGUCGCAACAAUAUCUUGGGCCGUUCGUUGGUGCUACACGAGCAAGAAGACGACCUGGGCGAGGGCGGCGACGAGGGCUCGCUGUCCACCGGCAACGCGGGUGGCCGCGUCGCGUGCGGCGUCAUCGGGAUCAAGUCACCCGCCACUCCCUGGAACGCUGCUAUAAACGUCGGCCCAUCAACCGUUCUUUUGGUUUCGCUUACAUUCUUUUUCUUUGUAAAAUAUUAAUCUAAUCUUUAUUA